AUGGAUGCAAUACCUGCAGUCACCAUCAACAGGACUCGGAAAGUACGUUGCGACGAGGUGAGGCCGGCAUGCAAGCAGUGUUUCUCUACUGGUCGCAAGUGUGACGGCUAUAUCGCCACCCCAGCCUUUGAGCUCCUCAAGCCACAAAACCCUCCGGUUUCGGCCCUCCAGGUUGUGGCCAAUCCUAUCCCACCUCUUCCCGGAAAAAACCCCCAGGAACUGCGCAGCUUCCGUUUCUUCGUCGAUGUGACAGCGCCUUCUCUAGGAGGCGUCUUUAAUUCUACAUUUUGGAAGACAGAAAUUCCUAGAGCCUGCUACCUUGACGAUGCCAUCUGGCAUGCUAUUGUUAGCCUUGCGUCGGCUCACGAAUCUUCUGUUUCCACUAUAUCUACUGGCACUUGUACAACGCCUGGCAAUUUGCAUACCCUUCUGCACUAUAACCUAGCCGUCAAGGACCUGCUGAAGUCGUUUUCACCCGAGGGCUGGUGGCGGGUUCUUACCCUUAGCAUUCUUUUCACGUCUAUUUGCUGCUUGGAGAACAAGUACCCUGAAGCACAGAUGCAUUUCAAGUCUGGGUAUAGGCUGAUCUGCGAGAUUGACACACCCGACCAUAAUUGCCCGCAUGGAUCUCUGCCCAACAAAAGAGCUCCAAGGUGGAACCGGCUGCGAGGCCAAGUACCCAUACCAGUAUCUGUUGCCUCACUUCGAUCCAUGGUCGAAGCCUUCGAACUGCAAAAUUGCAAGCUCGAAGCUGCCAAACACUCGUACAGUUGA